UGCUAAACGUCAUAGUCUCUGUGUCACCAUCGUCUACAGAGAUUUAGGAAGAACUACAAUCUGGCCAAAUCACGCCUUCAUCUCUGCAUAACGCUGUCAGGCUUUUCUCCAGCUACAGGCUUAGAGCGGAAGUUGUAAUGUAACUCUAACUCCGUUUGGAUGUGUCGUUGGAAAAAGCCAGCCAGCUUGUACAAUAAGUAGGGGGUUGAACAUUUGGGAAAACCCUGUUUUUUUCUCUUCUCCUGGACUGCUGACGCGUCCACACCGGCUGCUACGUGCUGUGCUGGAGCUCCGUGGAUUCAUAUCCCCGCAGCUUCCACCAUGUUACUUCACUUUCUACUUCUAGGGGCCUUGGUUUUCCAGGCUGAAUGUUACUUUUCGGAGGAGAUGUAUCCAGAAGAAUCGAAAAUGCAGCCUCCUACGGUGGUUAUCGCUCUCAUAGCCAGAAACUCGGCUCACUCCCUGCCGUACUACCUCGGAGCUCUGGAGAGACUCAACUACCCCAAAGAUCGCAUCUCAGUGUGGGCAGCCACGGAUCACAAUGCAGAUAACACCACAGCCAUACUAAAAGAGUGGCUCACUGUCAUGCAGAAAUUCUACCAUUAUGUGGAGUGGAGACCAAUGGACCAGCCCACGUCCUAUGCAGGGGAGUUGGGUCCUAAGCAUUGGCCCAACAGCAGAUACGAGUAUGUUAUGAAGCUGAAGCAGGCGGCACUCAAUUUUGCCAGGAAACGCUGGGCAGAUUACAUCCUGUAUGCUGACACAGACAAUAUUCUCACCAACCCAGAUACUCUCAACCUGAUGAUAGCAGAAAACAAGUCAGUCAUCGCUCCCAUGCUCGACUCUCAGGGAGCGUACUCCAACUACUGGUGCGGCAUCACUCCCCAAGGAUAUUAUCGGCGAACAGCAGAGUAUUUCCCCACUCGUCACCGUCACAGACUGGGCUGUUUUCCUGUUCCCAUGGUCCACUCCACCAUGCUGCUGGAUUUAAGAAAGCAAGGCAUGAAGAAACUGGCCUUUUUCCCUCCUCACGAGGACUACUCAUGGCCCUACGACGACAUCAUCGUGUUCGCCUUCUCCUGCCGGGCUGCAGAGGUACAGAUGUACCUGUGUAACAAGGAGCGCUACGGCUACCUGAACGUCCCCGCCAAACCUCAUCACACCCUGGAAGACGAUCGCCUCAACUUUGUCCACGUCCACUUGGAGUCCAUGAUUGACGGCCCACAAAUGCAUCCCUCUCGAUUCGUCCACAUGUCCCCCAAACAGAGAGACCUCAUGGGCUUUGAUGAGAUAUAUCUGAUAAAUCUGCGACGGCGUCUUGACCGCAGAGACCGAAUGUUGUUCUCUCUGAAUGAGCUGGAGAUCGACGUGAAGGUGGUGGACGCCGUGGAUGGAAAUGCACUGAACAGCAGUGACAUUAAGAUCCUGGGUGUGGACCUGCUGCCAGGCUACUAUGACCCGUUCUCUGGACGCACACUAACAAAAGGAGAAGUGGGCUGCUUCCUCAGCCACUACUUCAUCUGGAAGGAGAUAGUGGAUAUGCAGAUGGACAAGGCGCUGGUGUUUGAAGAUGACGUUCGUUUUCAAGCCAACUUCAAACGGCGAGUCCUCAGACUGAUGGAGGAGGUGGAGCAGACCGAGCUGGACUGGGAUAUCAUAUACUUUGGCAGGAAGCAGGUGAAUCCUGGAAAAGAGGAGCCGGUUGAGAAUGUCCAUAACUUGGUAAUGGCCGGCUACUCGUAUUGGACUCUGUCCUACGCCAUCUCUCUGCAGGGAGCCCAAAAACUGCUCAAUGCUGAUCCACUUCCCAAGAUGCUGCCUGUCGAUGAAUUCCUCCCCAUCAUGUAUGACAAACAUCCCAAUGAGGACUACAAGUCCCAUUUCCCCAACAGAAACUUACAAGCCUUCAGUACACGCCCUCUUCUGGUCCAGCCGUGUCACUUCGCCGGGGAUCCCCAGUGGGUGAGCGACACAGAGACGUCGACUCUGUGGGACGAUGACUCCGUGCGCACCGAUUGGAGGGGUUCACACAAGACCCUGAAAGGGGCCGCGUCGCCACCCGACAUGCUGUCAGGUUCCUACAGGGAUGAACUUUAGUGCGGCGCAGACGUAGCCGUGGAGAACCUGCAGGUCAAAAGGCCACGAGGUCAGAGAGACAGAUGCUGAGAGGAGAAAGAGUUCCCAGACUUUAUUUCAGUCCACUCUGUGUCAUUCCACUGACAUGCUCAGUGUCAUUUAAACUGGACUUUGCAAAGCAUGUCAGCAAGUGUAUGGUACAAGAGGAUUUUUAUGGGAGGUAACAAUUUGUAAAGAAAUGUAAAACUGUGCAUUUUAAUACUUGUACAGAUGUCAAUACAUCUUUUAGACCUUUUUUCUUUUAUAUUCUGAGAGUUUAUACAGUUUGUAUGGCUGGUGUGAACAUUUUGUUUGAAUGUAUGCUUGUGAUGGUCUGUGUGCUUGUGCAUGUUUAUAAAGCUUUUAAAAAGACACAGAUGAGGAGAUUUUACAAGAACUUUUAUGUUUUAACCUGUUGAGCGCUGACUGAGGCUGCAGUCACUGCACUGUUCAUAACUCCUGGAAAGCCUGGACAAUCUUAUAUUGUAUUGCUAUUAUUUCUUUUUUUCUUAUUGAUAUAUCGGUCUGUCAAUCCAUUUCUCCAUCUGUGCAUGUCUUCUAUCAGAACUGUUAAGAGAUACAGUUGUAUUUAACACAAAGCUAGACCGACCCUAAUUAAUAUUUACAUUGGCUUCAUGAACAGUUUUAAACCUGAUGUACCUCAUGGUUUCUUGGGACAGUAUAAUAAGACUGCUUCAGUGGUACCAGAUUAUUUUCAGGAAGUAUUUUGUUAGUGAAACUUGCACAUUGAAUGUUUGUAUUUUAAAAAAAAUGAAGCUUCUUCAAUCUGUUUAAAAAAAAAAAAAGUUAUUAAUUGAUUAGCUGAAAUAACAUUGACUCAUGAGACUACCUUCUCCUCUAUGGCUGUGUUUUAACAAUGUUUACAUUUCACAUUUAGCCUCAAAAUUUCAAGGUCAGAGUUUCUGUAAUAUUUAUUUUGCACUCCCAGUUCCAAUAUCAGGUCAGGUAUUUAUCAAGUAUCAAACUGUAUUUAUAAAGAAUUCCAAAUUAUUUAAAAUUAUUUGGAGAAAACAACAAAAUAUUUACACUCCAACUAAAUUGAAUGUACAUUUAAAGCAAUUACCAUAAUUAAAACCUUAAAAAUAUUGAAUAUAAUUUUAACUGAAUUAACAAUUAUCAGAAACAAAUGUCUGUAUUUGGUUUCAGGCUCUUCAAACUGACGCUAUACUGUAGGUUCACAGCACAGUUUUACACAAAUUUUAUGACUGAUGGUGAUGGUGACUACAUUAAGACACCAUCCUUUGAAAUAUGUAGUUUUUGGAAAUUGUUGCAUUAAGUCAAUACAGCAUGUUGAGAUGUGAACUUCUAACUUUGUUCCACCUGGUUCUAAGCAUUCGUCCAGCUAAGAAACGACCCCACACGUGUAGCAGAAGUCUGUAAAAGCCAUAUUAAAGCACAGCCUUUGAUAACCUUUCUGUAGCAUCACUGGGAUCCUUCAGUCUAGGAAUGUUUAGACACUUUGUCUGCACAAGGUUGCAAUGCAAGUACCUGAUAUUGUAAUUCUGAUGUCUCUCAUGGAUUUAAAUUACAAUAAUCAAGUUGCACUAAACCUAUGUUACAUUCGUCUGUCUUUAUAAGCAUUUAUGAUUAUCUGUUUUCAUGUAUUCAUUUACCAUCUGUGGAGUGGUGCUUUUCUUCAUACGUCUUAAUUUAUUUGUCAUGUCUUUCUUGUUGAUGGACGAGUCGCAAGACAUGAUGUAAAGCGAGCAAUCAAAGUGCAAUGGCUUUUCUUGAGCAUUACAUUUCAGGAUGUUAGAGCUGAGUAGCAAAACUUGUCAAACACCUUUUUUUUCAUAUUGUCCGGUUGUGGUUAUGCAUUUUUUAUUAGUCAAUAAACCAAACUUUCUGUGGACAA